AUCGUUAGAACUUCUUUUAUGAUGCAUACCCCUUUCUCAUUCUCUUCCUGUUUGAAAAAUAAGGAUUUGUUCAAUUAUUUUUACGCGUUUCUUCAAGCAAUUGAGAGUAAGAGAACAAUUUAUAUUUCUUUUUGUUUAUAUUUGCACGCGUUAUUAUUUUAUUUGACUUAAAUUAAAAAUAAUUGCCAUGUAAUAUCUUCAAUAAUUUUUCAUAAUCUUCAUUUUUUAAAUCAAUAAUUUCAACUCGAUAUAACAAAGCCUGAUGACGGGCUUAUCGAUCGGUGAUACAGCGCGCGCAACUUGGACAGUUGGACGCUCCAGUCGGCCAAGUGUAAUGCAUAAGCAGGAACGAUGUUCGACGGUACGCGGCGAGCAUUUCCUCUGAUUUUCGUCGCCGCGAUCCUCCAGCGUGCCCACGGCGACAGCGCGAUCCGGCCAGGCGAGAAGAGGCACGGUGGCGCGAACGACUAUCAGAUGUGCCUCGAGAGCUUCGACAUCCACAAGGACAAGAUCAUCAGGACCCAGGAUUCGCGCGACAUGGGGGCCAAGUACCUGAAUGUUCUCGACGUCGACUCCAGGCUGGACUGUCUCAAAUACUGCUGCGAGACCGAGCGUUGCGACGUGUUCAUCUUUGAGGAAAAGAAACCGAGCAGCUGCUACCUUUUCCAGUGUGGCCCACUGCACGACUUCAAGUGCAAGUUUACAAGGCACGCUAAUUAUACUAGUGCCGUGCGCACGAGUUAUCCCAUACAGAACGUUCAAGUGGAAGAAGAGGUCAGGAUAUCUCAACAGGAGCACGAGUUAAAAUCCCUCAGGAAAAGUAAUGAGAUUACGUCGGAUUAUGGAUUCACAGAGACUCCCAUCAAACCUGUAAUCACACAGAUAUCAAAAGUGACAGUAACUACACCAGCACCGAUCAAGCCAGCCUGUACCAGAAAUCAGUACGAGUGUCGUUCAUCCGGAGACUGCAUAGCUAUAUACAACGUUUGCGACGGUAUUCCGCAGUGCGCGGACGGGUCCGACGAAGCGGCAGACCUCGUAUGUCCCACGGAGAAACCGACGGUGCCUCCAAUAAUACAGGCGCCACGUCCGCCCGUCGAUAUCCUGCGAUAUCAGCAAGUGAUGGAGCAGCAACGCAAGGUCCUCCCUCCAUUCUAUCCUGGGGCAGAGAUCAACCCCAAGAGUUGGGACAUAUCGAAUCUGGCCCAUCAAAUAUCACAGCCGCAAAAUAUUAUGUAUCCUGGACAGCCGGUAGAGAUGCCGCAGAUGCAAAUGCGUAAGAAUUAUGGCUCAUCGGCAUACCAAUGGGAUUAUCAGCCUUUGUAUGAACAAAAUAAGGAUCCAUAUGUUCCCAGCAAUACUAUUCACGAACAACAUAUGAAUCCCUAUGAACAACCACAUAUAUUUAAUCACAAAGGUCCGAGCGUUAUAGGAAACAAUGAAGUAAACAGAGGGCCGUAUAUAGAUGCCAAGCAUCCAUAUUCUCCACAUUUUCCAUCGUCAAAUAAAGCAGUUUGGCAAGAAAAUCCCAUACAAUUUUCACCAUCUGUCGCUCCAAAUUCUCAAUAUAAACAAGUUAAUGAAGUAGAAAAUGUUGCAAUCACGACGACACCCGCUUGUGAUACCUCAGAAGAGCAGAAAAAUGAAUUGACAAAUGAGGAUAAAGAACCUGUAAAGAAGGAAGAAAAAACCAAUACUUAUUUGACACACGUAAAAACAAGCAAACAAAUUACUGAAAAACCAGCUUUAUCAAGUGAAAUUAUGAAACAUAAUCAUGCAAAAGAAUCGAAAGAACAUAAAACUGUGAUUUUAAUCGAGGAGCACGCAAAGCCGCACGAGAGUCCUGACGUUAUUGCGGAACAUCUUCAAAUAAUUGAAAAUGAUGUUUUAAGGCCUAAAGGUGCCGUGAUAUCGUUAUCAUUGGGACUUAUAGCGACUGCGAUUACGGCUGCUUUAAUUGUUUGCCGAUUGCGAGUAGUAAAACGACGCGGGAGAUGCGGGCAUGGAGCUUUUGCGCAUGACGCCGAUUAUUUGGUUAACGGGAUGUAUUUAUAAAUGAACAUGAGUCGAUUACAAUACAAAAUUCAUCUAGUCCGUAAUCUAGUCAUUUUAAUGUAUUUAUCAUAUUUUCAUAUCAUAUUUCCAUGAUUAAAUUAUUAAAAUCUUUUCAAACAGAUUUGUCACUCUCUAAAAAUAAAACUUUAAAAUUACAA